GCUUAACUUGGGAAUGCUAGGUGCUAUGAUAUCGAGAAAGUACCAACAAGCAUAAGACACUAUGCCAAACGCCAUGCUAUUAUUCGGUAUUCUACCUUUCGUUGGACUUAUUCAACCGCUUUACGCUGAUCCAAGCUGGCCAUUUCCAUUCCCGUUUCCUGGUGGUUUCCCCGUCCCAUCAGAAAUAGUAAACCUAACGGAUGUAUCGGAUCAAUGCUUAACGGAUGUCAACAUGUUCACAACGAGUUUGACCACUUAUGCGCAGACCUUCGAGGAGUGUCGACGAGCUGGAGGAUGUACCAAAGAGCAGCAGAUAGUGCUCGACGAGCACAAAUAUGCCGUAAAGCAGACUGAUGCUUUUGGCAAGAUUCCUGCGGGCUUGAUGCAGUAUACGAUUGUUAAUACAGGAUCGUACUCAGAAUGCAUGAAUAUAGUGGCACCAUACAAGUUGCAAUACUGUUAUAUGGUCGCCAGUGCAGUAAUGGAAGGACCUUCAAUGGGACAAAUCGGUCCAAAAAUUGCUGUAUGUAUGCCAAGAAGCUGCACUGAAACGGGACAUCACUAAGAUUUUGGAGCGCUAUAAUGUACAACAGUAUGUACAACAGUAUGUACAACAGUAUGUGCCAUUCAACUUCACCUUCACUACUGACACGAAUUGUGUACCGUCAAAAAACACAUACUCCCCAAAUUUUUGGGUGUUCAUGUAAGCUGUGGCGUUUUUUUCAAUCUGGGCAAUCUUUGCAACUAUUACUGACUAUAUUCUGGAUACGUACUACAAAGAUAAGGUACAUGGUACAGGAAUGCGAGUGUUUCUUGCCUACUCGAUAUACACUAAUGGAGCGGACCUUUUGAACGUAAGCCCCUACAAACAAGGAACCAUCAAGUCGUUAGCCUCAAUUCGAUUUCUCUCAAUGACGUGGGUUGUAGCAGGGCAUGUGAUGAUGGAUAUAGGGAUCAGCGACACAUUGAGGCCUUCAAUGGAGAUAUUCAAUCCUUUUUUAUCAACUACAAUCCUAAAUGCAUUCUUUUCCGUCGAUACGUUUUUCGUUCUUUCUGGCAUUCUGGUUUCCUACCUGUUCUUCAAACAUAAACCUAGUGCUGCUUAUGUCAAAAACCUUAUGGUGUGGAUCAUGUAUUAUGUGCAUCGUUAUGUUAGACUAACACCACCUAUAAUGGUAUUCAUCUGGCUCUUCGUGACUUUGACUCCACUCAUCAACGGGCCUUGGGCUCAGACAGCGGUGGACGUGCAAAUGUCAAUGUACCAACCAUGUGAAAAGUACUGGUGGCGUAAUCUUCUUUAUAUCAACAACUUGUUUGACAUGACACAGAGUUGUUACCUCAUAACCUGGUAUCUGGCAGUCGACACCCAACUCUACGUUGUUGCGCCGAUCUUUCUCAUUAUAUUUUAUAUCUCGUGGAUUGCUGGCUAUGCAUUUAUAUGCUUGUGUAUCGCUGCGAGCAUAGGAUAUGUGUACUAUAUCACUAUCCGUUACGAUUUAUCUGCAGUCUUGAUGGGAGCUUUUGCGCUGAAUGAUUUGAAAUUUGGUUUGUGA